UAAUGACGUUUGCAUUCAUUUAUGAGCAGAUUUGGUCUCUUAAUUUUUUUUUUGUCCAUCGUACGUGAAAAAAUAUAAUUUUUGACUUUUUCAAUUCCACGUAAUUCCACCUGAAUCCCUUCAUAGGGUACACGUGUACUCUUACUAGGCUCGAGAUUGAGCAUUUGCUUCCAUAGUGAAAGAAGUAGGGAAUUUGGGUCAAAAUUAUUCUUCAGCUAUUCAGGAAAUUCCGAAACGAGGACACCGGGCGCAUGAAGACAACACACACACGAGGAAGUCGACAUCCGAGGCAAAAAGCUGUUUGUUUGGAGUCUCCUGUUCUUUUAAUCGUUGUGCUAAAUUUACUAGACCUGAGCAUUGAUACACCAGGCGCUUUAGAGUUCCCUCCAUGAGGAGAACAGAGCAUUUUCUCAUCAAUUCUUAUCAAUCUUCUAUUUAAAAGUAUAACGUGGUUUCCGCCUAAUCUGCGCUUCCAUCUCUGUUGUAACAUUUCCUCGUGUUGCACCACCGGUGAUCCAACGUUCUUCUCUCGGUUGCUCCUCUUUGUGCUCCAUCGACGAGUCAGAUACUGCGUAGUGCGUGAUUCUUAUCCAACUCGACGCGACAGCGACCAUUGCACGGACGCCUUUCCUUAUCGCGACCCCUCCGAUAGUGGUUCAUUUAAAUAUUGACCUCACGGACGUCGCUAUUGUCAGUCUGAGACGGUCGCCAAAGAUGAUCGGCAAACUGGCGUUUGCAUUUGCAUUCGUUCUUUUUGCUUCGGUUUUGCGCCACGCCUCCUCCAGGUCGGUCCACGGAGAAGACGCCCAAGGCCUGGACACCCUCGAGCUCGUCCACGUGGUCUUUAGGCAUGGCGACCGAACCCCCGACAAACACGUCAUCUACAAAAACGACCCCUACAUCAACGUCACUUACUAUCCAAUCGGACACGGACAAUUAACUAACGCCGGGAAAAGGAAAGAGUACAAUAUAGGCAAGGAGCUGAGGAAGAGGUACUACGACUUUCUGGGGAAGGACUUCACCCUCGACACUGUCGAUGCGCGAUGCACCGACUACAACAGGACCAAAAUGUCCUUGCAGCUUGUACUGGCGUCGCUGUUUCCUCCGCGUGGAGACCUCGUGUGGGAGAACAGCAUCAACUGGCAACCGGUGCCUUUCAAUUACUGGCCCGUCCACGAAGACCACGUGCUUGCCGACCCGCUUAAGAACUGUCCGAAGUACAACCGACUCUUCUGGGGAUUCCUCAACUCGACGGAAGGUAAACGGUUGUACGAGAAUUACACUCAAUUAAUAGAAGACUUGGAGACGCAUACGGGACAAAAACUGAACAGCAAGGCUUUUGCUGAACUGUACUUUACGUUGACGACCGAGAAAGAGAACGGGUACGAUCAUCCGCAAUGGGCCAAAGACGUCUACCACCACAUCCUACAGUUGGCUAUCAAGGACUACAAUGUCAGUACGUUCAAUGCGGAGCUGAAGAAAUAUUGCACGGGGUUUUUGGUUAAGAAGAUCAUAGACGACUCGCUGACCAAAGCCAAAGGGGAGUACUUCAAGGACACGAAAAUAUUCCUCUACUCCGCUCACGAGUUCAACGUCGCAGUGCUGCUACGAUUUUUGGGCGUGUUCUAUCCCCACGUACCGCCCUACGGCAGCUACGUGGUGAUCGAGGUGCACAACGUGAACGGGAUCAGAGGACUCAAGUUCUUCUACCAGGACUACACUUCAGAUAAGCCGCGGCGGCUCAAGAUACCGGGCUGCGGGAACUUCUGCAAGCUACGCAAGUUCAUCCAGCUCCACGACCACAUGCUGCCCCGCUCAGAAAACGAGUGUUUCGAUUAAAGUGCCUAUCAAAGUAUUACGCAAGCUAUUUAUUUCCCCGUUUUGUACCGACAUGAUUUUUUUAGAUUCGAUCAAUUAAAAUGAUUUCGAAUCGGGAGUUCUUUUGUUAACCCUGUCCCCGCCCUUCCUGCCGCCACCAACGACGAUACAAGAGUGAUACACGUGAUGGACAUUAUUUAAUACUAAUAUGA